GAAGCAAGAAGAUAUUUCCAACCUGAACCAGCUCUACCAGAGCUUGCAGUCAGAGAUGAAUGGAAUCCAGCAGAAGCUCAAUGGCAGCUUACGAGGAACUGGCAGCAUGGAAGACAACUUUCUCUGCCCCAUGCUACUACUCCCAGGUUGAUGCCUACAUUCGUUUUCUCGAGAUCAACACGAACUACUCCUACUUCCGCAUUGGCAAAACUUUUGCCGCAGACUUCAGUUCAAGGGUGACAUCAGUGGCUAAGGACUGCAUCGAACCUCUCAUUACCAAGCCCGUCAAGCAAUUACUAGACAAGGCCAUCAGGAAGGGCAUGAAAAAAGUUGUACUAAUCAUCAAGUCGGAGUAUAACUACUGCAUGAGCCUCGUCAGACGAGAUGCUCACAGGAGGGACUACAAACGGAGGGAGGAAUCACCUCCGCCAGGCAGCGAUAAGAUUCUGAACACGGUAGCAGAGCUCGGUAAGUCUGUAGCCGCAAUGAAGGAUUUCUACGACGAGGCUUGCAAAAAGAGGGAAGAGAAGACACGGCGGAAGCUCGAGAUGAAGGAAGCGAAGGAGCGAGAGGCAACCGAAAGGGAGAAGGCGGAGCAGAAAGCAAGGAAGACGUUAGAAAAAAGAAGAUGGGAAGCUGAACUUGAGGCCGAACGAAGGGCAAAACUUCAAAAGGAUACUGAUAUCCAUGUGGCGAUCCGGCUGAGUGAGAUGGAGGAAAAUUUCUUCGCUAAGAUGAUGGUUCAUAUUCAUUAUCCGAGGAGAUGGAGUACAGCCGAACUGGGCGUGACAUGGAACCGGAAGGACCGGCUGAAUAGAGAAGUGAUACGAUGGUUGCAAUCCUUGGACUUGUCACAUUCAGUCAAGAACAUACGACGGGAGGCAGCUAAUGGGUUCCUUGUUGCAGAAAUACUCAGCCGGUAUUAUCCACAAGACAUCCUACUGCAUAGUUUUGAUACUGGCGCUGCAAUGGUUCGCAGAAUGAAUAACUGGGCUCAGCUUGUAAGAUUCUUCUCUCGAGCUGGCUGGACUAUUUCGCUGAAGAUGAUCAACGGCACAAUGAAUGCGCACGCCGGAAGCGCUGUUGCUCUUAUUGAGACGCUUUACGUCAUCUUGACAAAACGCAAGUGAGUCAAACUACGUCUGUCCUAAGUGAACCAACUGAGUUAAACUUUGUCAGACGCUGUGGUAAACUCAGUGAAACUAACUGAGUUAAACUAUGUUAAACUAUGUCAGAGUCUGUGAAGCAAGUGAGUUAAACUCUAUGGGUCCUAGUAGGUGAAGCAAGUGAGUUAAACUAUGUAUGGGUCCUAGUAAGUAAAACAACUGAGGUAAACUGUGCAUGGGUCCUAGUAAGUAAAACAACUGAGGUAAACUCUGUCUGUGCUAAGUAAGUAAAACACAGUUACUGAG